AUGUCUCAGAGUCAACUUAUUGGGAAAUCUGGUGUUUUGGGGAGCGGGGAGAAUACUCGCAAAAGGUUAAAGAUUUUGGUUCCUCAUUUUGAUAACAAGGAUCUUAUCAAACAGUAUGAUAAGACUCUCAUUGGGAGGUGUUUGAACCCUGGUGCACAAGAUGUGAAAGCUCUUAUAUUUGAUUUUGUUGAGGAGGAGGAUAUCGAGACAGUCCUCAAGGCGCAACCUUUUCACUUCGAUUAUUGGAUGAUUGCGCUGGCUCGUUGGCAGCCAAAGAUGCCACGGAACUUUCCAUCAGCCAUACUGAUCAAGGUGGUCAUCGAUGUGGGAAAGGAGUUGAGUUUUGACACAACAGUGGAUUUUGUCGGGGGAGAGUUCCAUGAAGGAGAUGAGGCCUUCAUUUCUUUGAAGUAUGAGAAACUUUUCGGUUUCUGUGACCACUGUUUCUCUUUAUCUCAUGGUCUUGACGAGUGUCCUUUGAUCACAAGGAGUCCCCAGAAAAAGAAAGACGUCAGGGAACUUCCGAUAAGCAGACAGGACGACCGUGCUCGGAGCUACAAGGGUGUGGUGAUCAAUGGUGCAAUGGAUCAGCAGGGUCAGGGGAGAGAUAAUAGGGAUCACACUGGAAAAGGAAAGGGGAAGAUGUAUGAGGAGCCUGAAUCAAGAUGGGUUAAGGUCCCCGAGAAGAGGGGUAAUAGGUAUCAAUCUUACCGAACCAAUCAAAGAGGUGAGGACGGAGGUUUCAGAUACAGGAGCUCCCGUUCUGAUCGUUUCAGGGGCAACAAUGCUGAGGAAAAACCAAGCCUCCAAAGAGAACUAAGGCGUGGUAUUAGCCUAAGAGUGGGGGAAACUGGGGAGGUUCCGGAGGAGGGCGAGAUUCCCCGGCAGGAGGAGAGGCAAAUUCAAAAGGUAACACUGGAACCUCAGAUAGUGGAAAAUGGGUUAGACGUGAUCAAUGAUUUAUUAGAAGAGGGGAAUAAUGAGACUGUUGGUGAUAACAUGGUGUUAGAUGAGAAUCUGAGUAAUGUUUUAGGAACUGUUGAGGCUAGUGAUGACGGGUUUCUGAAUCUAUCUGAUGGUGAGGUGGAGGUGAGUAAUGAACAGGUUCAGGAAGAGCUCCCUGAGGUUAAAGAGGAUGAAGAAAUCAAUGAGGAAACGGAGGGAAAGGAGCAACCCCCGGGUGAAGUGGAAAAGAAGAAGGUGGUGCGUAAAGGAUUGUUUAAGCAAACGGCGGUGGCAGGGGCUUCCUCUAAGGCGCGCAACAUCCAAGCUAUCAUAUCUACUCGUAAGCGCGCAACCAAUAACACCAAGCCUGCAACUCGUCAAGGUGAAGGAGCGAAGCAUCAUGAGGAGAAGGGUCCUUCAUACCCUUCGGCCACCUCAUCCAAACCCUAG